AUGGCCAGCUCUGGUAUACUCAGAGAAGUAACAAAGACAGUAAGAGCAAAGAGUACUAUGCUAAGAGGACGAUCCUUUGUAAGUAACACUCAGAACAGCCCAUGGCAGAGUAUCAUUGACAAUCUUAAUAACCUGUUGGCAAUUUUGCAAGAGAACUAUGUACCUGAGAUUCUUAUUCAGAAGAUCUUUGUUCAACUCUUCUCUUUCAUCAAUAUUCAACUUUUUAAUAGUCUUCUCCUGCGCCGAGAAUUUUGCUCCUUUAGCAAUGGAGAGUACGUUAAAUCUGGUUUGGAUGAAUUGGAAUUGUGGUGCACUAAAUCAAAGCCAGAGCUUGUUGGUUCAUCAUGGGAUGAACUUAAGCACACAAGACAAGCUAUUGGUUUCUUGGUAAUAUUCCAGAAGUAUAGGAUUUCGUAUGAUGAGAUAGUCAAUGACCUCUGCCCAGUAAGCUUACUCUCCGGUUUAUUCAAAUCUAUAGGGUGCUUAGUGUUCAACAACUGUACAGAAUUUGCACCCAGUAUUAUGAUGACAAAUACAACAGUCAGAGCGUCUCUCCAACUGUACUAUCGUCUUUCCAUUUCAGAACCAACUAUAUCUUCCAUUCAUUCUUCUACAGGUACUUUCUGA